CGCUUUCCAGGUGGAUAUCAUCAUUGACAUCAGACCAUCUCGGCCAGACACCACGCUUGUCAGGAAUCUUGUACUUAUCCUCAAGUGCAGAAAGUCUGUCAACUGGGUCAUCAAAUCCCAUGACGUGCAGGGGAGGUUGGAAGCCAUUACAUCGAAUGGGGUUGGCUUUGGAAAAGAAACCGAACGCUCUAUGACUAUGAGUAAAACCAUUGUGUUUGAUAUGCCUUCCUCUCAUGAGAAUUUGAUUGCCUGGGCAUAUGAGCAUGGUCACUACCCAGUUACUACUUAUACAAAAGCACCCCUUGCUAAUAGAUUUCACCUACAACUUGUGGAUGCAGAAGAAAUGAAUGAUGAAGAAGAAGAGGAUUUCCUUCCACCAGAGCUGAAGGAACUGCUACAUGGCAUUAAAUCCCCUCCAACCUCACGUUUGGACCAAGACAUGCAUUUCAGUUUUCUUCAUGAGAACAACCAAGGCUCCUUGCCGCCAGCCGAUACUGUUGACCCAAUCAUAGCUAGCCAUGGUUUUGAACAGCUUCUUCCAAGAGACCCGGAACCAGAAGAAGUGCAGGGUAGCGUUGAUGUCGCCAUGUCUGUGAUAUGUAACGAUACGUCCAUGAUGGUAGCGGUAGCAAAAGACUCACUGGAGGCUAGCGGUUUCAUUGGGACACAGCUCUCUCUGCUGGAUCCUACUUGCAGAGCUAAAUCAAACAGGACCCAUUUUAUUCUGGAGUCAUCUUUGCACGAUUGUGGGACCCGACAGAUUCCCUAUCCUUUGGAUAACGUCGUCUAUCUCAACUCUAUUGUUAUCCAGGUGUCACCAUCAACUGAAGCUAGUGGUUGGCCAAUUGAUUAUGAAGACAUGGAAUCAGGGGAUAAUGGUUUCCCUGGGGAUACGGAUGAAUCAGAUAUCACCUUUUUCAGUCGGCCUGUAAUUGUUGUGUUCAAUUGCACAUUCCAUCAACCCAGAGAUUCAAAGGUUUCCAGGUUCUGGCCACCUGAAGUACGUGUUGGCAAUGCCACCUUUGGAAUGGAACUCUAUGAGACAGAGCUUUUUCGGGCUCCAGUUCAAGGAUUCUUCUCCGUUGCAGACAACAGCCAGAUUUUUGUUGAGAUUUCUCUGACAAAGGCUGAAAGAUCCCUGGGCUUUGUAAUCCAAACUUGCUUUGUUUCACCCAAUUCCUAUCCUGACCGAAUGUCAGAAUACACCAUUAUUGAAAACGUUUGCCCUAAAGAGGAGUCUGUAAGAUUCUUCAAUGUUCCAAAAGCUAAUUUUCCUGUACCAAAUGCCCAUACUGACAAAAAGCGGUUUAGCUUCUUGUUCAAAUCCACAUUCAACAGCUCUCUUCUCUUUCUACACUGUGAGGUGACCUUAUGCACGAAAAGAGAAAAAGAUAUCCCAGGAUUAGCUCAGUGUAUCCUUCCAGAUGAAGCUUGCGCCUUUCUUAAUGUUGAUAUGAUCUUUGCAAUGAUGCAAAAUAAGAAAACCUUCACCAAACCCCUUGCUGUGAUAACUAAAGGGAGACCAGAAGAUAAAUCCUCCCACUUGAAUCCUUCUGAAGGAUCAGCGUCUGUUGUGUACGGCCUGGACACGUUGACAGUUGUGGGAAUUGCCUUUGCAGCUUUUGUGAUAGGUGCGCUGCUGACAGGAGCCUUAUGGUUUAUCUAUUCCCGCACAGGAGACCCAGAAGGAAGGCAGCAGGUUCCCACAUCACCACCACCCUCUGAAAACAGCAGUGCAGGCCACAGCAUCGGCAGCACACAAAGCACCCCCUGUUCCAGCAGCAGCAGGGCCUAACACAGGAGGCAGGACGGAAAUGCACGCAGCGUCAUCAGAGACCAAGAGGUUCAAAAACACAGCUGUUUGUUGCCUUUUGCUUCCACUGGUUUGGAUCCCUUGGCAAAAUGAGAAGGCGUUUCCUUCUUUUCUUCAGCUUUUUCCGGAUAAACGUGGUCCUUGAAUCUCCCGCCGCAUGCUAAGGCUACAAGUGACGGAGCUACUCCAUUUGUGCAGCUGUGGACCGGGUACAAAGGUCCACGCAUUCUCAAUGUGAAACACAACUUCCCCCACCCCCCCUGUAAAUGCUGCUUUGUCUCCAUAGAGAAUCUCCAUAGAGAAGCUGAGUUUUGCAAACAUGUAGGAGACGCCAGGUGUCGGCAAAAGGGAUUUCAGUCUUAUAAGCUGGGGAAGGGGGUUGGUUGUUGUUGUUGUUGUUGUUUCUUAACCUCCCUCGCUCCCCACUGGGCACAAAAGCAGGGUGGUUUCAAACGCCACAUUUGAAACUGAUUUCCUCCGAUACACAACGCAGGUCACCGUAGCUGUGUCACUGUGUAAUUGUUGAGCUUGACUUCGGAAAGCUUUUUCCCCGCUGGUUGUGCUGUUCUCCAUUGAAAGGAUUUGUAUCCACUGAAGCUUUUGAAAGGAAAGCAGCAUACAGGGGCUAAAAAUACUUGUUGGUUAGAUAUUUGUAAUUACUUAUCCUUUCUUCUCAUAUAUCCAAAAGCUUGUUUGAAUACUUAGGGUAGCUUUAAAGGUUGCUCCAUUCCCCCCCCCUUACUGGGAACUACCUUCCCCCCCCACCCCCAGGACGGAGCGGCUUGUCUCACCCUGUAACCUAAGAUUUCUCUACAAGGCGCUCUUUGUAUUCUGCAUGCUUUUCACCUGCUCUUUGUCUCGUGGCGAUUUGCAUUAAGCCAUCACAUGGUCCUCUCUCACAGCCUUGCUUCAUGAAAGGGAGGGGUCCCCGGGCCACGGACUGGUCCAUGGCUGUGGCCGCACAGCUGGAGGUGAUCGAGCAAAGCUUCAUCUGUAUUUGCAACUACUCUCCAGUAACUAGCAUCACAGCCUCAGCUCCACCUCAGAUCAUCAGGCAUGAGAUUCUCAUAGGUGAACAGCCCCUUCUCUACACUGCGCAUGCGUCGGAUCUAGGUUGUGCGCUCCUCCCCCCCCCCUCCUUGGUCUGUGGAAAGAUUGUGCUCUACAAAACCGGGCCCUGGUGCCAAAAUGUUUGGAGACCGCUAAUGGGAGAUGUGCUUGCAGAUGUAACCGCCUCCCUACUCACUGUUGUGUUAGAUGUUGCUUCGUAGAUGCAUUUCCACUGAGUGAGUUUUCAGAAUUGUCUACGGCUUUUACAUAGAAUGCGGAAAUCUUGUUUUUUCUGUAAAGGCCAUGCCCAGCGAUAUAGCCAUGAAGCUAUAUUCUGGGAGGGGAUGGAUAGGUUGCAUUAUGAUUGUACUUGGAAGUUCAGGAUGGGGUUAUUUCAUUGGCCAAUUUUGAACUUAGGCAUGCCUGAAUACGCUUCACCAAAGGAAGGAAGGAUACAAAAACUAAAAUGGUUCCCUGAUAUAUUUUCCAGAUACUUUCACGUUAUUUUCAGAGCCAUCUAUUGUCAGACAUUCAUUUUGAUCGGAUUUGUGGCCUCAAAGUAUCUGGAGAUGUUUGCAGAAUACAUGUGGCCAUGCUUAACAUGACACAUUGUGUAUAUAUUGCUGACUUCUAAAAGUAUACACUAAUACUCAAAUUCAAUUCUGUACCCCAUGAGAAUGCUCUGCCUUAAAAAUAGCCAGCUUUUUAAACUUUAGGUUAUUGAAAAUCACUAAGGCCAAAUAUUGUGGAUUCAGUUUUCUAUCGUGUUACUUUUUUUUCGCUUGUUUAGUGCUCAGUGGAGACAACUAUUGAGUCAUGCUGUUGUUUAUGUUGUUAUAGCAUGGAUAGCAAUAAGAUGUCCCCUGUAAAAGCUUCCUUCUAUUUUGAUUCCAACUCAUCUCAGCUUCACAAUUGGAAAUACAUCAAAGUAACACUUGAACUGGCAUGAAAUUGUAAAAAUAUUAUCAUUUUGAGAACCGAAAGCAAAAUAAGCCCAGUUAUUACUUUGCGGAUUAUCAUAAGUAUUAGUCUGAUAACUUCAGACAUUCGUGUUUUUUCAAAUUUCUGUAGCUGAAUUUUUACUAGAGCAACUUACUAUCCAGUUGCAAGGGAAUUGUGCCCAUUCUAAGCUAAGAUGGCAUACAUUCACUUUGCAUAGUCAUAUUGGUGGAUACUUAGAACAUAAAGAUUAUUUUAACUGAGGUAUUUAAAUAUGCGUUGAACAAAAUGUUCUAUAAAUUACCUUCAACACAAAUGGUUAGACUAGUGAUUGCAAACCUUUCCUGUGUGAAUCAGUUCAUUUUUAUCACUAUGAUCACUGUUGCCACCACCAAAAGCUUUAAACAUGUAAAAAUAUUGCGCAAUUGUGGUAAUCCCAUCUGAAAUUUUAUGAGAUUUUGGAGGAGGAAACAAAAAUGUAAGAUUAGCUGAUUUCCUGAGAUUUUGGCCAUUCCAAAACAUAGGAAGCCGAGGUGGUGCAGUGGUUAGGGUGCAGUACUGCAGGCCACUUCAGCUGACUGUUAUCUGCAGUUCAGCGG